GUAAUAAAACUGUCAAUCACAUCAAAAGAGACCUAGUUAGCUAACGUUAGACCGAUGAUAUCUGGCUGGACUAGUUCGAUAGAUAACUGGACAACAACAACAACAACAAUAGUCAGUAGACGGUUUUGGCUAAGUCUGCCAGGCGAAUCAUAUUGCUGACGUGGAGGAGGGUCGAUCCGGCUGCACAGCUCCUCCUUGUGUGUCUGCGAUGGCAUCGAGCCUUCUGCGUGUGGUGGCUACUAGCUGCUCUGCUCCACUGUUCAGUGGGGUGGCCUGUGUUCGGCUGCAUGCUAGUACCCGGUCAGUAAAGACGCCAUGCCUGCGCUUCUUCAGGACUCAGCAAGCUCUCAACCGCUGUGCCAGCCCAGGUAUUCCCUAUAAGCAGCUGACGGUGGGUGUACCGAAGGAGAUCUUCCAGAAUGAGCGUCGUGUGGCUCUGUCCCCGGCCGGAGUGCAGGCCCUUAUCAAACAGGGCUUCAACGUGGUGGUAGAGUCUGGGGCAGGAGAGCCCUCCAAGUUCCCCGAUCAACAAUACAUCCAGGCUGGAGCCACCAUCGAAGACGUCAAAGAUGUCCUGGGCUCUGAUGUGCUGGUCAAGGUGCGUGCUCCCAUCUUCAACCCUGAGCUGGGAGCCCAUGAGGUGGAGCUGAUGAAGGAGGCAGCCACUCUGUUCAGCUUCAUCUACCCGGCCCAGAACCCUGAGCUGAUGGACAUGCUCUCCCAGAGGAAGGCCACCGUGCUGGCCAUGGACCAGGUGCCCCGCGUCACCAUCGCACAGGGCUACGACGCUCUCAGCUCCAUGGCUAACAUUGCAGGAUACAAAGCUGUUGUGCUGGCAGCCAACAGCUUUGGGCGCUUCUUCACUGGACAGAUCACUGCUGCUGGAAAGGUCCCACCUGCUAAGGUGCUGAUCAUUGGAGGAGGAGUAGCAGGUCUGGCUGCUGCUGGUACUGCCAGAGCCAUGGGUGCUAUCGUCAGGGGCUUCGACACUCGAGCGGCGGCCUUAGAGCAGUUCAAGUCUCUGGGAGCAGAGACUCUGGAGGUGGACAUUAAGGAGGCUGGCGACGGCCAGGGCGGCUACGCCAAGGAGAUGUCCAAGGAGUUCAUCGAGGCUGAAAUGAAGCUGUUUGCUAAGCAGUGUCUGGAAGUAGACAUCCUCAUCAGCACGGCACUCAUCCCCGGUCGCAAGGCCCCCAUCCUGAUCACCAAGGACAUGGUGGAGAGCAUGAAGGAUGGCUCUGUGGUGGUGGACCUGGCUGCUGAGGCUGGAGGAAACAUCGAAACCACGGUGCCUGGAGAACUGUCUGUACACAAGGGUGUGACCCACAUUGGCUUCACUGACCUGCCCAGCCGCCUGCCCACCCAGUCCAGCACCCUGUACUCCAACAACCUGACCAAACUCAUCCGUGCCAUCAGCCCUUCCACUGAGAACUUCAACUAUGAGGUCAAGGAGAAAUUUAACUACGGCACCAUGGACCAUGUCAUCAGAGGAUCUAUUGUCAUGCAGAAUGGAACCAACCUCUUCCCAGCUCCUCUGCCCGAUAACAUCCCAGUGGCAGCCCCUCCCAAACCCAAGAGCAAGCAGGAGCUGGCUAAGGAGAAGGCUGCUGCCGUGUCCCCUUUCAAGGCUACCCUGACUACCACUGGCAUGUACACUGGAGGUCUUGGCACCAUGUUAGGCCUGGGCCUGGCUGCGCCGAACACAGCCUUCCCUCAGAUGGUGACCAUCUUCGGCCUGGCUACCAUUGUGGGCUACCACACGGUGUGGGGGGUGAGCCCAGCCCUUCACUCCCCACUCAUGUCCGUUACCAACGCCAUCUCUGGUCUGACAGCUGUGGGCGGUCUGUCUCUCAUGGGGGGUGGCUAUGCCCCCUCCUCCUCUGCCGAGACCCUGGCUGUCGCUGCUGCCUUCAUCUCCUCAGUCAACAUCGCUGGUGGUUUCCUGGUCACCAAGAAGAUGUUGGACAUGUUCAAGCGUCCCACUGACCCUCCAGAAUACAACUACCUCUACCUACUGCCCACCGGGGUGUUCGUUGGGGGCUAUGGAGUUGCCUUGCAGGCUGGCUAUAACAUUGAACAGAUGAUGUACCUGGGCUCCGGUAUGUGCUGUGUGGGAGCCCUGGCUGGUCUGUCUAACCAGUCCACUGCCCGUCUGGGUAAUGCCCUGGGUAUGAUGGGGGUGGCAGGGGGCAUCGCUGCCACCCUGGGCUUCCUGAAGCCCACCCCUGAACUCCUGGCACAGAUGAGUGCCGCCAUGGCUGUGGGUGGCACUGCUGGGUUGGGUAUUGCUAGGAAGAUCCAGAUCACCGACCUCCCCCAGCUGGUAGCUGCCUUCCACAGCCUGGUGGGUCUGGCUGCAGUGCUCACCUGCGUGGCAGAGUACAUGAUCGAGUACCCUCACUUUGCUACCGACCCGUCUGCCAACCUCACCAAGAUCAUCGCCUACCUGGGCACCUUCAUCGGAGGGGUCACCUUUAGUGGAUCACUGGUGGCUUAUGGGAAACUGCAAGGUGUGCUGAGCUCUGCCCCCCUCCAUCUUCCCGGGCGCCAUGCUAUGAAUGCUGGGCUAAUGGCCUCCAGUGUGGGCCUGAUGAUCCCCUACAUGCUGGACCCCAGCUACACCACAGGCGUCACCUGCCUGGGCUCUGUGUCCGCACUCUCCGCCGUCAUGGGCUUGACUCUGACAGCAGCCAUCGGUGGUGCAGACAUGCCGGUAGUCAUCACGGUGCUCAACAGCUACUCCGGCUGGGCCCUGUGUGCCGAGGGCUUCCUGCUCAACAACAACCUGCUCACCAUCGUAGGGGCCCUCAUCGGCUCCUCAGGGGCCAUUCUCUCCUACAUAAUGUGUGUGGCCAUGAACCGUUCCCUGGCCAAUGUAAUCCUGGGUGGGUAUGGUACAUCAUCCACUGGAUCAGGCAAGCCUAUGGAGAUCGUAGGAACACACACGGAGGUCAACGUGGACCAAACUGUCGAAAUGAUCAAAGACGCUCAAAACAUCAUCAUCACUCCAGGUUAUGGUCUGUGUGCUGCCAAGGCCCAGUACCCCAUCGCUGAACUGGUCAAGAUGCUGCAGGAGCAGGGCAAGAAAGUCAGGUUUGGUAUCCACCCUGUGGCUGGUCGUAUGCCUGGGCAGCUCAACGUGCUAUUGGCUGAGGCGGGCGUGCCCUAUGACAUCGUGCUGGAGAUGGAGGAGAUCAACGAGGACUUUGCUGAAACGGACCUGGUUCUGGUGAUCGGUGCUAACGACACAGUGAACUCUGCAGCCCUGGAGGAUCCCAACUCCAUCAUUGCUGGCAUGCCUGUCCUGGAAGUGUGGAAGUCCAAACAGGUGGUUGUAAUGAAGCGUUCUCUGGGAGUGGGCUAUGCUGCCGUGGACAACCCAAUCUUCUACAAGCCCAACACAGCCAUGUUGCUUGGAGAUGCCAAGAAGACCUGCGACGCGCUGCAGGCUAAAGUCCGCGAGGCCAGCCAGUGAGCCGUGGCCGGUCCAGUAGGACUCGGGCCCGUCAGACCGUGCAGAGGCCCAAGGCUCGCCCAACACACACGUCCAGAGGGAGAGAGGAAUGGCCACAAACACGCUAAUAGUUAGAUGUAUUAAUGUUUUCGCUUUCCUCUCCUGGCAACAAGUUUUCUUCCUCCCUUUUUUUACAUUUAGAUUUACAUUUUAGUCAUUUAGCAGACGCUCUUAUCCAGAGCGACUUACAGUUAGUGAGUGCAUACAUUUUCAUACUAGAAAAUAGAUUCUCUGUCAUGUGGAAUUAAUAGGGAUUCAUGUCAUCACAGCUCUAUCCAUUACAUUUCUAUCUGUAGCGUUGUGAGUGUUGCCCCCUGUUCCAUCAUUCCCAGUCCUGCUUUGGGAGAUACUCAUCUUAAAACCCCAGACCAGCUACCUUCCUUUACCUCUCCCUGGCUGCAUCUCAAUACUUGACUGUGUCUUCCUCUCCUCGUCUCUUCUUCUUCGUCUGCACUGAUCUGAAAACAAGACAGAUGAAAGCAGUAGAUGCCUAUGAGGAACCUGCUUUCACCUGUCGCAGUUUUUAAUUUAUCAUUGCAGAUGUAGGAGAGGAGAUGAAGUGAGGAAGCCAGUAUAGACAUUUUUCUGAACAGUUGUUUGCUAUGAUGAUGAGUAGGCGUUUUCUUCUUUCUUAGCUAGAUAUUUGUGUAACCAAAUUGUUUCACCAUGAGCAUUUUCUUCUCACCCUCUUUUUCAAAGCAAGGAAAAAAGCAAAAGUGUUAACCUUUUUUGGAGAUUUUUCAAUGUUCAUUCAUUUUCCAGUUUUAUACUGUAGUUAGAUUUUUUGUAUUUGACCAGACCAAAUCGUACCAGAAGUGUCAAAUUGGUUUGCAUUUAGCUCCUUGGCCUAGCAGCAACUGUUGUGAUUUACAGUUUUUUCUGAUUGGUUAAGCACAUUUUUUGUAACUAUUGGCUAUUUUUGCAAAACUCUACACACAAAUAAGAAAACCUUUCACCCAAUUAUCAAAACAUUGUAGUUCUCUUGCAAAAGCGAACACAGCUAGAUUAACUCUUCACACCUUCUUAAAAAUGGUGUUUUCGUAUCAAACAGUAAACACAAGCCAUCAUCUACUAAGCACACAAUGUGCCUACUACACACUGAUGGUAUGAAUACAAAACACAUCUGGCUUUUGCUUUCUCUGUGUACAGAUGUCAAUUUGAGGUCAUACUUUUGUCAUAGUGUCAUGUAAACAUACAAGGAUCCAAACUUCAA